GGAGAGUCAAUAUCAACAAGGACAGAGCCCAUCCGUCAUUACGAUAGACCGUGUAAGCAUGUAUUGUUUAUUCUUUAAUCGUAAACAUACAUGUUGUCAAGGUCUCGGAGUGAAAUACAUCUAGGCAUAUCGAAAUAUAAUCUUUUAGUAUGGGAAAUAGAAUGAAUACCAAGGAUAUUAUUUCCUGUAGACAUGUGGUCUAAUAGGACAACUUGCUGUAGAGCUGAUUGUCUAAGCUUGGAUAAAUGUCUUAAUUAAGGGAUACAAUAUCCAUUUUUACAUUUUUAGAUUUGUGUAGAAGACGUACAACCUAAAACACCUUCAUACCUGGGGUACGUAUAUGAUUUUGGUAAUAUAAACGGUAUAUGCUGAAUGGUGAUAUAAAAUCAAUCAAUCACUAUGUCAGGUCAAUCUAUAUAUUUCGCAAUAAGCACGAGUUCAAUUUUAUUUGUAAAGGUAUUGUAUGGCAUGUUUCAAAUAAAAUGAAACUAUAUGUUCAAGUUUAUAUGUAAUUCAAUACUACAGCCUAUUGUAGAAUCAAUUUCUAUGCCAGAAUUGGCAAACCAUAUGCAUACACAGUAUAAAUGUAUUGAUUUAAAUGUUUCAAUCAAUAUUUUAGCAGCGCUUUUGGGUCAUAAUCUGCUAACAUAAUAGCAUUAUUUUUCAAAGGAUAGAUUUAUUUUUCGAUAACAGGUACCAGUGUGUAUAUAUACCAAUCAGUUCUAUUUUUAUCAAACUAUUAAUAACCAUUACAAAACAUGGAAUCCCAUUUUUUCGCAGUGUGUAUGAUGAAAUGCGUUUACUAUAGGAUGACUGAGUCAUUUCAGUGCGUUAAAGAUGGACGAUCUACAUGUAUAUUCAAAAGCUGUGUCCAUAUUCAUGGAAAAAGCAACAAAGAUGAUCCUACGGCAAAAGCUGAUAAACUAUGCAAUAAAGACCAUAGGUGGGAUACCAAUGUUUAUUUCUGGCAGCAGAGCCGAGUGUACACAAGGACUGGAUUCUGACACUGAUAUCGUAUAUGAAUCGCCAACUAUUAAGGCAACAGUAAAUACCAAACAAGCAAGAAGUCUUCAAUUUGUCAGUGAAUCUGCAGAAAACUACGACGCUGUAGUUGUGAUGGAUACACUUGGUACUCACUCUGGCUAUACAAAAGUCAAGUUGUUCGAUGUCAACAAAAACCAGUCUCAAUCUAAAAUUGAUGUUGAAUCCCUUUGUUUUGACGAUACGGAGUAUGUCUCUAGCGUACAGGUGUCAAAAUAUUGGGAGCAUCAAUUAGCAACAAGUGCUAUUUUUCCUGUUCAUGGUAUGCGAAAAGAAUUUCAAUCUCAUGGACCCUGCAUUGCCUUUAAAUACGGAGGAUUAAGACAAGUCUACGACAUCGACACUCUAUUUUCCCUACCAUGUGACUGGCCAGAAACAGCUAGAGAAUGGCAAAUGAGACCUCGUGAGUAUAACUGGCCUGGUCAGGAGACGAUAUCGAAAAUAGUUUCAAUGGGUUGUAACUUGGUCCCCAUAGGACACGCAGAUUCAUCUGAAAAGGAUCUGGAAUGGAGAAUAUCUUUCAACAAGACAGAGCGAGAGCUUAUAUGGUCAUUCAAUGGUACUCAAUAUGCUUGUAUUGACUGUAUGAAGAUUUUCUUCCAUUCGAAGAUGAGUAAAAAGUUUCCAGAUGUUUUCCCGUCUUACUUCAUUAAAACAAUCAUGCUUUGGAUGGUAGAGGAAUCUCCAGCUGAAAUGUGGAGACCGGAAAAUCUCAACAGAUGUCUGGACCAGUUACUGAACCGGAUAAUCAUUUGCCUAGAAAAGAAAGAAGUAAGAAAUUACUUCAUUCCGUUAAAUAACAUGAUAGACACAAGAUCGGAAAAGGAUUUAGACAACCUUCGUUUGGAAUUGAAGACCUACAAAGAACUUGGAUCGGAUUUAUGGAUAAAUAUAAUGAGAUUAAGAGUAGACGAGGCAGAUGAUAACGACAUAUACUUUCACCACGUGGAAAUCAAUUCACUGUGUUUCAUUCGUCACUUUACAUUGAAUCUCCUUCAUGCAUCGAAUCAAAACACGUUCUCUGCAGAUGUAAAGCGCAUCAGUGACCAAUUACAACACGCUGUGGAUCUUGGUUUAUCCGAAAACACGUGUUUGAUCUUACAACAAGAACUUGGCACAAUUCUAGCGUUACAUAACUUUAAAAAAGCUUUGAUUUCAGGGGAGGACCACAAAACCGAUGGAAAUGCCGUUCAAUUACUAUUGCAAAACCAAGCUGAUGUGACCUUCUGUUGUGGUCGACUGAUGUUUGCUACAUUUCAUUUACAACAGGGAAGAUACAAAGAAGCACAGGAUAUUGCUAACGAUGUCAUCAGAGGGUACGUCACUACCAUUGUUCAUUAUUCGUUCCAUAACAGAGACAAAACCCCAAAAGAUGAAGACUAUGCUGAAAUGUAUUGCAAAAAAGGAAGCACUUUUCCUGAAACAUUAAAGCGUUUCAUAGCUUUCGACAUCGUGUGUCUUCCCAUUUUGAUACAAUUUUACCCAAAAGCUGUGAGGAGAGUGAUGCAGAAAAACACUAUGGUUCUGUUUAUCAACCCUUUGUUCUAUGCCCAUGUGAUCAAUAUCCAUUGCUGCGUUGAAACGAGAAAUAACCUCCGAGCACCUGAAAUAGCUGAUGAUUUGAUCUCGUUUAUGGAAAAAAAUUCCAAAAAUCUAGAACAAACAUCAGACACCCCGAUACGUGAUAUAGCAGGGGAAUGCCUCAAGAUGCUUGGUAUGUUUGACGAAGCCCGUGCAUACUUUACUAACCAGUCUGAAGCUGUGGAACCUUGUGACCACGGAGUUUGCAAGAGAUCGAGAGACGAGGAUACUCCGAGUCCUAGAAUUGCAAAAGUUAAGACUACGUGUAAAGCCGGACGGGUCAACUGAGGCAGUGGUCAAAUACUGGUCCGAGAAACAUACUUUUGAUUAAUGUUAAUCAUACACAAUGGACAAGAUAUGUUUACCACAGAAGACCAGUUAUGACACCCAUUCCGUUGAUUACUCUGUCACCUUCAUCAGACAAGUAACCAAAUGCCUAUAAUACUGCAAAUGUAUUGUAAUCUAGAAUUUCACAAUUGUUAAACGUACUGUUGAAAUGGUAAUGAAGGCACAUGUUGGACGCUGGAUGAUAUAUAUUAUAUUGAGAAAAUAGGAUAUAUGGUAACCUGCCGAGAAAGGUAACCAACUUAUAUAUGAUGACGGUAAGGAUGGCGAAAGUGGUAUUAAAUCAAAGUAAGUUUAGCAAAUGAUUGUUUAUUUAAGCGCUAGCGCGCUUCAUAGAAUUUGCCUCUGUCCAGUUGGCAUUCAUAUUGACUAUGAAUGCCAACUGAAAGCCGUUCAA